AUGGCUAGGGUGUUGAUGUUAUUGUCUGUGAUAUUCAUCAGCGUUUAUGUGACGGAACAAGCAUACUUUUUGCAGAAAGAUUUCAUUGACAAUAUCAAUGAAAAAGCGACUACCUGGAAGGCAGGUGUAAACUUCGAUCCAAAUACACCAGAGCAACAUAUCCUAAAACUUUUGGGAUCAAAAGGAGUACGAAUUCCAAGCUUAGAUAAUAUUAAUAUGUACAAAACCGACGAUGAGGCUUACGACAACUUAUUCGGCAGAAUUCCAAGGCACUUUGACGCUAGAAGAAAAUGGAGACAUUGUCAAACGAUCGGAGAAGUCCGUGACCAAGGAAACUGUGGAUCGUGUUGGGCGGUGGCCACAAGCUCGGCUUUUGCUGACCGUUUAUGUGUAGCUACAAAUGGUGAUUUCAACGAACUGCUAUCCGCCGAAGAAAUCACUUUCUGCUGUCAUUUAUGCGGCUUUGGAUGUAAUGGCGGUUAUCCGAUAAAAGCAUGGAAACGUUUUAGUAAACACGGUCUAGUAACCGGAGGUGACUACAAUUCAUCAGAGGGUUGUGAACCAUACAGAGUCCCUCCUUGCCCCUAUGACGAUGAAGGAAAUAAUACAUGCGCUGGUAAACCAAUGGAAUUAAAUCACAGAUGCAGGAGAACUUGUUACGGAAAUCAGGACCUCGAUUUCAAAGAAGAUCACAGAUACACACGUGACUACUACUACCUCACGUACGGCAGCAUCCAAAAGGACGUUAUGACGUACGGACCAAUUGAAGCAUCGUUCGAUGUAUACAACGAUUUUCCCAAUUACAAGUCAGGUGUUUACGUGAGAUCUGAAAAUGCCACAUACUUGGGAGGACAUGCCGUUAAAUUGAUCGGUUGGGGUGAAGAAUACGGAGUGCCAUACUGGUUGAUGGUUAACUCGUGGAACGAAGAUUGGGGUGAUAACGGUCUUUUCAAAAUUCGACGAGGCACAAACGAAUGUGGUAUCGACAAUUCGACAACUGCUGGUGUACCAGUGACUAAUUAA